AUGUCAAUUUCAUCCACCGAAAUCAAGUCCGAGAAUAACGGUGAUCUUGUAACCCGGACACAGCAAUGCAGGAUACUUGCUUCAACAUGCCUCAUGGCUUUUACGAUAAUAGGCCUUAACCAGUCUUUUGGUGUUUUCCAGGCACACUACGGACGGCAAGCGUCUGCCCUAGAGGGUGUCCUUCUUCAAGGCGAGCUGUCGCAACGCCCGUUGAUCUCUGCCGUAGGCUCAUUGGGAAAUGGUGGGCUCGUCGCCGCCUUUGGGCUGUUUUACUAUCCACACCUACCUAGGUUGGGAGGUCACGUCAAAUAUUUGUGUGGACUAGGCACUGCCUUCAUCACGAUUGGCUUCGCGGCUGCUGCAGGAAGCCAUAAUCUGGCAACGCUUGUCGCCUGCCAAGGAUUCCUGGUUGGCAUCGGAGCUGGCAUCCUUAAUUACGUUCUUGCGCCUAUUUUACCCGAGUAUUUCCCACAACGGAGCGGACUUGCACAGGGUGCCAUGUUCGCUUGUGGCGGUCUAGGGGGUAUGGUAUGGGCGUUUGUACUAACGGCAUUACUCGAAAGCAUUGGAAUCCGGUGGACGUUGGGGCUCCUCUCUAUAUUGAGCUUUGCAAUCCUGUCCAUCUCAAGUGCGCUCGCCCUUCCGCCGCGAAAAUUCGAAAGGCGGUCUACGGAGAUUGUCAGUUGGAAGGUCUUCCGAGAUCCUCUUUUUGCUUCUCUCGCAAUCGUGAACUUGAUCAUGGCGUUGACGCUGGCCAUCCCUACGGCAUUCGGACCUGAGUUUGCCCAGUCUAUAGGGGCCAGCAUCACCCACGGAUCAUAUCUCUUGGCCAUCAACUCGGGGAUUGGAAUUCCGGGGAGAAUAUGUACCGGCUGGCUCUCAGACAAGAUUGGUCAUUUGAAUAUGCUCAUAGUUGCAACCGCCGUAUACGCCAUUGCAACCUAG